CCGCCAAUGAAAUGGCAGGUUACAAAACCAAGUCAAGGGGAGGCAACUCUGAACACCAAAGUUCUUUUGGGUCGUCGCUAUUUCACUCUCAAUCGGAGUGAGACCGAAGAUGGCAACUCAAAUGACAUUUCAAAGAAGAGGCAACGCUAAACCCCCAGACAAAGGAAGUUUUCCUCUUGAUCACGAAGGUGAAUGCAAAGACUUCAUGUUCAAGUAUAUGCAAUGCCUAAGAAUAAACAAGCACUCAAAUUCCCAAUGUAGAGACGAAUCAAAAGAUUACCUGCAAUGUCGAAUGGACAGGAAUCUGAUGACCAAGGAAAGCUGGGAGAAGCUGGGUUACACUACAGAUUCACCUAAAGACACACAGUCAUGACAGAUGUGACAUGUGGACAUAAACCUUAUUAGUAAAGUCCGAAUUCCUGAAUGCAAAACAUAAGAUGUUACUACACAUCAGAUUCCAGUAUCAGUGACACGAUGGACAUAUACUGGAAUUUGCCUUUGUCUGUUUUGUCCCAAGGACUCAGUAACAGGCUUUGAGGUCCUAGUUAUGAAAAUGGAGUCUCAAUGUACCAACAACAAAUAUGAUGUAAAUAAUUUGUGAAACCUUAUGCUUUGUUUAGGUAUUUAUUCCUUUGUUUAGACUGAAAAUAUGUGUGUGAUUGAGAAAUAAUCUGACAUGUCAAUAGUUAUAUUUCUUAUCAAAUAGAAAUUUUGAUUAAAUUUUCCCAUAUUUCU